UUUUCUAAACCUCACAGUUCUUCUAAACUGAGGAAAACGUUGAGUCCCAAAUUAAACCUGUACUUCCUGUCAGCGUUUGAGAAGCUGCUGUACUGUGAAACUGUAGCUGGUGACACUACAGGGCAGUCUGUAGAGAAAGUGGUUCAACAACAGCAACACCACACUGUGAUGAAAAUAAAAAGCUGCUCAGAGAAAGUAGCUCCUGGACGCUUCAUCUGCACACAGGAAGCUCAGAGACCAUCGGGUUCAACUGUAAAUAUAUAAAACUGCCCAUCAAUCAAAAACCAAUAACCCAUAAUGACAAACUAAAAAUGUGUUUAAAAUGUAUUAAAAAAUCAAAGAGUAAAAUCUGUCAUUUACAAAAGUCUUCAGAGCCUUAAUCCAGUUGUAUGUAGGACCCCCUUCAGCAGCAGGUCCAGCUUCAGUCUUCUCUACAAGCUCUGAACCUGGAUCUGGACAGUUUUCAGUCUUCCUGAUACCGAUCCUCUCAGUUUAGGCCGGGACACUCUGGGACAGUCAGAGACUUGUCCUUAAGCUUCAGGUCAUUGUGGAGCUGAAAGGUGAACUGUCGCUCCAGUCUCAGGUCCCUGGACUCUGGAUCAGGUUUUUUUCAAGGACCUCUCUUGUAUUUGGCUGCUUUCAUCCUUCCAUCAGGUCUGACCAGUCUUCAUCAGAGCAUGCUGUUCAGUUUUCUAACACGAAUUUGAAGGACCAUCAUGAAGUUAGUGACAGCUCAGUCUGCUGCUUUCCUGACCCUCCUUUGUCCUACAUCGUAUUACACAACCUGUCUCUGAGGAGGUUGUAAAACCUGAACCUUGAGCUUGCUUACAGCGCCAGGGCCUGUAGAGGAGUGCCAAAGACCACAGAACAGAUGGUUAAUGAUCCACUCAGCUCCUCACUCCCAUCUUCAUCUCAACGGUCAGUUCGAAGAAGCACGGCAGGAACAUGGAGGAAGGAAUGAGAUCAGGAUUACACCUGGAGAACAACAGGUAGGUAAGGCUUCUAUAGGUGGAGACAUAGACUGGCAGGUGGACCUGAACCCCCAGGAACCUGGACUCAUGUUCAGCUCUGCCAAGAAGCAGCUGCUGAAGAAGAGGACGGUGGUACCUUCGUCUACAGAGGAUGAGGAGCUGAGUCGACUCCUGAAGUUGUAUAAGAGCAACAAGAUCCGGACCACCAAGUACUCCCUGCUCUCCUUCCUGCCCAGGAACCUGUUCGAGCAGCUCCACCGCUCAGCCAACAUCUACUUCAUCUUCCUCGCUGCUCUCAACUUCGUCCCAGUGGUGGAAGCUUUCCAGCCAGAGAUCGCUCUGGUUCCCAUCAUCCUGGUGCUGUUGGUGACGGCUGUGAAGGACGUCCUGGAGGACUACUGCAGGUUUAGGUCAGAUCACCUGAUCAACAGAAUCCUCUGCCAUGUUUACAGCAGGUUGCAGAGAGCCUACACUGAGCGCUGCUGGAAGGAUGUGCAGGUGGGAGACUUUGUGCGUCUGUCCUGUAACGAGAUCAUCCCCGCUGACAUGCUGCUGCUCUACUCCUCCGACCCCCGAGGGGUGUGUUACAUCGAGACCGCCAACCUGGACGGAGAGACCAACCUGAAGCAGAGACAGGUGGUGUCAGACCUCCCGCUGCAGGGAGCAGAGUUCACCCCUGAGAGCUUCCACAGUCGUAUCGAGUGUGAGAACCCCAACAACGACCUCAGCAGGUUCAGAGGUUACAUGGAGCACUCCAGUGGGGUUCGUGUCGGCCUCCAUAACAGCAACCUCCUGCUGAGGAGCUGUACCAUCCGCAACACUGAGAAUGUGAUGGGCAUCGUGGUCUAUGCUGGUCAUGAGACUAAAGCCAUGAUGAACAACAGCGGGCCGAGGUACAAGCGCAGCCGGCUGGAGAAGCGUCUGAACACAGACGUUCUGUGGUGUGUGGCCCUGCUAGUCGUCAUGUGUCUGACUGCUGCUAUAGGUCACGGCCUCUGGCUGAAGAACCUCAGAGACCCCGUCUUUCAGAUCGAUGGGGAGACAAAUCCUGCCCUGGCUGGAUUCUAUGUCUUCUGGACCAUGAUCAUCGUGCUGCAGGUGCUGAUUCCCAUUUCUCUGUAUGUGUCCAUUGAGAUUGUGAAACUGGGCCAGAUCUACUUCAUCCACAACGACUUGGCCUUGUACAACGAGCAGCUGGACUCCAGGAUCCAGUGCCGGGCCCUCAACAUCACUGAGGACCUAGGUCAGAUCCAGUACCUGUUCUCUGAUAAGACAGGGACUCUGACAGAAAACAAGAUGGUGUUCUGCCGCUGCAGCAUCUACGGGGUGGAGUAUCCGCAUGAGGACAACGCUCGGAGGCUGGAGGUGUACGAGGAGAAGAAGAACAGGUCGGCUGGUCAGUCUAUGACUCUCAGGUCAGGCUGCAGCGGGAAGUCUCUGAGCUGUCAUUCCCUCAGCUGCAACCGCAGCUCCGUGUCUCUGCACACGCUCACUGCAGAGUCAGAGGAGGAGGAGGACGACAACCAACCGUCCAAUCACGUCCAGCCCAGGACCAGCGCCUUCUGCGGCCGCAUGGAGAAGGAGGUGGUCCCGGACCCCGAGCUGCUCAGGAAGUUGAACUGGUUUUGCUCUCCUGUGCUGCCUCUGAACGAGGGCUCCUCCGGGACUCCGUCCAGCCUGGAGCUCACCUACAUCACCGACUUCUUCCUGGCUCUGGCCAUCUGUAACAGUGUGGUGGUGUCCUCGCCCAGUCAGCCGCGACAUGCGGUGCCUGUGGCUCGGACUCCUCUCAAGUCUCUGGAGGAGAUCAAGCUGAUGUUCCAGCGCUUCAGCUUCUCUCCGUUCUCCGCCCUCUCCACCCUCUCCCCUCCCCAGAUCAAAGGCAGCCCUCGAAACUUCACCAGCAGGCUGUUCACCUGGGGGAAGGCCGGCUCCUUCAACGUCACCUCAGCCCCCAGCAGCAGCGCAGACGGGUCAGAACUGAGCCAAGAAGGCAACCUGGAAACCUCCCACCUGAAGCGUGAACUGGACUUAUCCUCCAGAGAGGAGGGAGGAGACGGUGGACAAGUGGAGGACAGGGGGACAGAGAGCGAUAAGACCGACACAAGGACAGACCGUGACGGGCCCAGACAGAGUUUGGAAGUGGACUCUGACAGCGACACUGAUGAUGAACUGCUGUAUGAGGCAGAGAGUCCAGACGAGGCGGCUCUGGUCCACGCCGCCCGGGCGUACCGCUGCACCUUGAGGGGGCGCUCUGCAGAGAGCCUGCUGGUGGAUCUGCCGGGAAUCGGGUCUCUGGCCGUCCAGCUGCUGCACGUCCUGCCCUUUGACUCCAACAGGAAGAGGAUGUCGGUGGUGGUCCGCCACCCGCUCACAGGACAGGUGGUGGUUUACACCAAGGGAGCCGACUCAGUCAUUAUGGACCUGUCGGAGACACCUAAAGGUGCAGAGCAGGCUCAGGAGAUCUACACUCACAUCAGAGAUCAGACCCAGAAACACCUGGACAGCUACGCCAGAGAAGGCCUCCGCACACUCUGCUUCGCUAAGAAGGUCCUGGAGGAGGAGGAGUACGAGGAGUGGAUGAAGAGGCAGCUGCUGGCAGAGAGCAGCAUAGAGAACAGAGAGGAGCUGCUGCUGGAGUCGGCCCAGAGACUGGAGACCAACCUGACCCUGCUGGGUACCACAGGGAUUGUGGACCGGCUGCAGGAGGAAGUCCCAGAGACCAUCGAGGCUCUCCAGAGGGCUGGGAUCAGAGUCUGGGUCCUGACUGGAGACAAACAGGAGACAGCCAUCAACAUUGCCUAUGCCUGCAAACUGCUGCGUCCCAACGACCAGCUGCUGACGGCCAACUGUGGCAGCAGGGAAGCAUGUGCAGCUCUUCUGCAAGAGCUCAGACUGGAGGUGCAGGGUGGUGAGGACGGUGUGACUGAGCCGGCUGCAGCAGGGACGGAGGAGUCGUCGUCGUCCUCUGGCAGCGUGGGAAGCUUCAUCCUGGUCAUAGAUGGACAGACGCUGGACUGGGCCCUGCAGGAGGAGCUGCAGAGCCUCUUCCUACAGCUGAGCUGCAGAUGUAAGGCAGUCAUCUGCUGCAGGUCCACUCCACUGCAGAAGAGCCAGGUGGUCCGGCUGAUCCGGGACCAGCUUGGAGUCAUGACCCUGGCUGUGGGCGACGGAGCCAAUGACGUGAGCAUGAUUCAGACGGCCGAUGUGGGCAUCGGGAUAUCUGGUCAGGAGGGGAUGCAGGCUGUGAUGUCCAGUGACUUCGCCGUGUCCAGGUUUAAACACCUGAGCAAGCUGCUGCUGGUCCAUGGUCGCUGGUGCUGCUCUCGUCUGGCCAACAUGGUCCUCUACUUCAUCUACAAGAACGUGAUGUAUGUGAACCUGCUGUUCUGGUAUCAGUUCUUCUGUGGUUUCUCUGGGAGCGUCAUGACCAACUCCUGGGUCCUCAUCUUGUUCAACCUGAUCUUCACCUCCGUCCCUCCUCUCAUCUACGGCGUUCUGGACCAGGACAUCCCUGCGGACUCUCUGAUGAGGCUGCCUGAGCUCUACCAGGCUGCACAGGCCUCCAAGGUCUAUGUUCCCCGCAUGUUCUGGAUCAACGUCCUGGAUGCAUUUUACCAGAGUCUCAUCUGCUUCUUUGUCCCGUACUUUGCUCUUGCAGGUUCAGAGGUCGGGGAGCUGGCCUUCGGUUCUCCCAUCAACGCCUCAGCUCUGCUCGUCAUCCUGCUGCACCAAGUCCUGGAGAGUCACACUCUGACCUGGAUUCACGUCCUGAUCCUGGUCCUCAGUGCUGGUUCCUACUUUGGCUUCGUGCUGCUCUUCAGUGUGUCCUGUGUGACCUGCAGCCCCCCCACCAACCCUGUGGGGGUGGAGACACUCCAGAUGUCACAGCCUCUCUUCUACAUUAUAUGUGCUAUCACCACGGUGACAGCUCUGUUACCCAGGAUGUUGUGUCGAGCUGUGUACAACACCCUCUACCGCUCUGCUGCUCUGAGAUCAGCUCAGAGGGACGAUGCGGAUUCAGAGGACUACCACAGGAGAAUGAAGCGCUGGAACCUGAGGCACUCCAGAGUCAACAACAGGCUGCCAGUGUGUGCAGACAACCCGGGCCUGGAGCCCAGCACGGCUUCAGUGGUGUCCUGACCACACACACACACACACACACACAUGCACACACACACACACACAUGCACACACACACAGGUGGAGAGUCAUGAGAGCAGGCAGACUCACACCAGUAUGAUCUUGACCUGACAGUCCAGAGAAGACUGGAUUUCAGAGCACGCCACAGACAGAGGAAUAUUCCAUGGUGCAAUAAAACUCUCUGUCCAUAUGUUCCCUCUGUGUUGCACUACUCCUCUCUCUGUGUGGACAGACUCGGGCUCAGUCUGCUACAGGUCAGCAGCCAAAGAACUCACGGUGAUGUUCCAUGAAGAGAACCGUGUUUUUAACUGGACUGGUUCUACUGGAUGCAUCAGUUCUGCUGAACGCCGUGAGCCACCAUGUUACAGGACGCCUGCUGGAUUCAUGUUACAGUCACACCGCAGCUGAAAGAAACCAAAUCUGCUGUUACGUCUUAGCUUUCAACCACCACCUGUGGCCUUCUUCAGUGGAUGGAAUUGCUCAGUUAUCAUGGACAGAGACACAAACCAGGUGUAGAGUCUCUGUGUGGAGGAGGCAGACGGGUAUCACUGCUGUGUGUGUGAUCCAGGUGUUUUGCCGCUGUUAUCUCUGUAACCUGCCUGCUGAUGAACAAACACAGUGACCGGCUGACAGCUCAACUUCUCUCUCUGAAGCUGAGGGUCAGCCACAGUAGUCAGCUGUGUUCAGAUUCAGGGGCCGCAUCCGUCAGAGGACGUGGUCUACAAAGGGCCACACCUUCGUAGACCAUGACAUCACCAGCUGUUCCCGCCCCUUGCUGUCGCAUCCAAACCGUGGCUCCUGUCACCUAGCAACAUUACUUGACAACAUGUAACUUUUUUUUUUUUCCACAAAAACUUGAGGUCUUAAAGGGACAGUUCGGGUUAUAUGACGUAGGGGUUGUGUGAGGGAGUCGUGCAUAGUCAGCGUGUUACCUGCAGAUUCAGAUCAGCGCGCUGACAGACAGUUAAGAGGCAGACCAGCAGAGCGAUGUGUUGCUGUGGGUAGGGCCAGCAGAAAAAAAACAUGUUUUAGACACUUUUAAAAACGCCCACUGAAACAAUCCAAUAUCUGUGUAAACGAAUAGAAUAGAAUAUUUUCAGGGGGUUUAUCUUCCUAUCAAAACACUACUUCCCUGUGGUACUACAUUUUUUUUUCAACCACUGGACUACCGUAUUCAUAUGAACAAGCGCACCUACAGCACAAACUGUAUUACACCACUCUCUGGUUCACUCAGCUGACCUGCAACUGCACCUUGACACAGUGCGUAGAAAUACGGAUACUGGAUUGUUUCAGUGGGCGGUUUUUAAAAGAGUCUGAAACACAUUUUUUUUCUGCUCACCCUGUGCACAGCAACACAUCACUCUGCUAGUGUGCUGUGUUCCCUGCCGCCUCUCGCAAACCGGCAGUGUGCUGAUGUGAAUCUACUGCAGGUAACACGCUGACUAUACACGACUACCUCACACAACCCCACGUCAAAUAACCCCAACUGUCCCUUUAAGGCUCUCGGUUUUAACAGUUGAACCCAAUACUUACAUUUAAAAGUGUAAUCAGAGAGCUCUCUGUUGGUGUUGUUUGCUUUUAAUUAGCGGCCCGCAAU